AUGAGAUUUCCAAAUAUCCGUUUAAUAUCGUUUCGCAAUCGACCAAUCGUCGAUUGCGAAAAAAAAAAAUAUUUAAAAGUUCGUGAGCUCACGGUUUUGACGUGGCACGAACGUGGGAGCCAGCAUGAGGUAAUGAGGGGCAUCAUUCAACUUGACUAUAAUGGUCGUAAUCAGUCACCGGGAUAA